GCUGCUUGUCUGCCAGUUCUUGUGAUAAUUGUGUCCAGUGUUUUUACGUCGUUUUGCAAUACCCUAGCUGACUAAUAAUUACAAAUGAUAUAAAUUCAUCUCUGUUUUUCUUACUGUUAUCGACAGUUAGAACCUCUCAGGAGUGAAAAGUUAUUUGCAUUGGUAUUCUCUUUGGCGUACCUCUUUACGUUACUUUUUAUUUCGCCUCGACAGACAUUCAAUUGCAAAAUGAGCUUCUUCAAUAAACUUUUCGGUGGAGGUAAGAGUGAUUCUAAAGCUCCCACACCAGCCGAAGCCAUCCAAAGGCUGCGAGGAGUUGAAGAAAUGUUAUUGAAGAAACAAGAAUUUUUAGAACGGAAGGUUGAACAAGAACUUCAAACUGCGAAAAAGAAUGGCACGAAAAACAAGAGAGUUGCCCUCCAAGCAUUGAAGAGGAAAAAGAGAUAUGAAAAACAGUUGCAGCAGAUUGAUGGCACGCUAACAACUAUAGAAUAUCAACGUGAAGCCUUAGAAAAUGCCAAUACAAAUACAGAAGUUUUAAAAAUAAUGGGAUAUGCUGCUAAAGCAUUGAAAAAUGCUCAUGAAAUGGAUGUAGAUCAAGUACAUGAUUUAAUGGAUGAAGUACAAGAACAGCAAGAAAUCGCCAAUGAAAUUUCUGACGCUAUUUCUAACCCUGUUGGCUUUAAUAAUGAGUUUGAUGAGGAUGAACUUGCUAGAGAACUCGAAGAGUUGGAACAGGAAGAAUUGAAUGAGCAACUCAUCGCAGUGGAACCUGUUCCCGCCGAUUUGCCCACUCCCCCCUCUGCCGAGCCAGGUCGACCCUCGAAAGUUGCAGCCGCUGCCGAGGAAGAUGACGAAGACUUGAAGGAAUUGGCUUCGUGGGCAUCAUAAUUCUUUUAUGCUAAAAAGGUUUCCAAGAUUAGCUGAAUCUGUUUUAUACUUUUCCCUGUGGAGGCAAGAGCAACUAGUGCAUAUUCUUUCAACUAAGGACUGGGUACUUUUGAAUUGCUGUAGCUGUUGCCUUCCAGUUAAUCACCUCGCAAGGGAUGAAAUCAUGUAUAUUUCGAAAAUUAAAUAGCCUUUUUAUGCUGUCAAUCUGCCCUGUAAAUUGAUUGUUAUGUACUUGUUUUAGGGAAUUCACAAAGUAGAAAUUGUAUGUAUCUGGCAUUCUCUUGCUAAAUAACUUUCUGAUGGAAUUAACAAUCACGAAAUCUUAUUUUCUCAAAGCUUAAGUAAAUGCUAUGUAAGUUAUAUUGAAGUAUUUUGGAGAAAAAAAAAUAAGGCAAUGAAAAACUUAACGUAUAAAAAUUGAUUUUGUUAGUGAUUUUAUAACAAAAUGUCAUUUAUAUUAUGUAAACAUGAAACAGUUUGAAAUCAAUUCUUUAUAUUGUACAAAUGACAUUUUGUGAUAUUGAACUUUUGUUUUGAUGUAUAAUAGAGUUAUUUUUUUGUUAACUUGAUUUUUUUGUCCGAGGAUACAAAUUGUUUUUAAGUUCAAAAUUGUAUG